AUCGACUCCCAACUUUUACUUCUCUCCCCUCCCAACAAACGCAAGGAAAGAACCUUAACCCCUUUCAUAUUACACAAAGACUUUCAUUUUAGACAAAGAAAUGAAGAGAGGUUUUGCAGAAGGAGAUGUUGAAACGAAUCUUGCUUUGGCAAAUUGUUUGAUGAUGUUAUCUCAGGGAGGAUCUGGCCCGUACGAGGCCGACAUGAAUGGUAGCGGUCGCCUUUUCGAGUGCAAAACCUGCAACAGGCAGUUCACGUCCUUUCAGGCCCUGGGCGGGCACAGGGCGAGCCACAAGAAGCCAAGGUUAACUGAAGGAGAUGGUGGAGUGGAGAAUCAGACGGCAGCAAAGCCCAAGACGCACGAGUGCUCGAUAUGCGGGCUCGAGUUCGCGAUCGGGCAAGCGCUUGGCGGUCACAUGAGAAGGCACAGGGCUGGAUUGAGCGAAAACCAAGCCCUUCCUAAGGAACAGCAACAGGUUUUGGCACCUAUCGUGAAGAAAUCGAAUAGCAGCAGGGUUGUUUUGUGUUUGGAUUUGAACUUGACUCCCUUAGAGAAUGAUUUGCAGUUCUUGAAGCUUGGAAUUGGAAAGCCUGCUAUAGAUUGUUUAUUGUAAAUUUUUAUUUUUACCUCGUAAAAGUUUUUCUUUCUUUCCUUACUAUUAUUUAUUACUUAAUUAAUUUCUUUUGAGAACGUUUGGAGUGACGUUUAGCCAUUUCUUACACAUGGGUAGAGUCGUAGAGAUCAAUUUGUGCAUUAAAACCAUUGAUAGAAAGAUGGAAAGUAUGAUGAGGAAGUCACGCGCUAUAGGCAGCUCUAUGGAAAGGAGAAAAUCAAUCCCUCUCUGUAAUAAAUAAAUUACUUCCAC